AUGCUGCGCAGCCAAAGUCCCAUGAUGGAAAGUAACGUGACUCAACACCGGGGGAACAUGACGUCCCUGGCUUUGCAGCUCAAGGAGUACAACAAGUCGCAGAAGAAGCAGAUCUCUCGAGAAGUCGUGAGUGCCAUGACUCUGGAAGAGUUAGCCAGCGAGAAGAUCACCUUCGGAGAGUCAAAGAAGGGUAUGACCUAUGCUCAGGCGUUCGAGGAGGUUUGGGAAGAUGUCAUGCCCACGGACGGCUCAGAUCCAGCCGACCUGAUGCACCUGCCCUUCAUUCAGGAGGAGAUGCAAGAUCUACGACAGAGCAACCAUCUCAAUCUUCUGCCGACGUCCGUGCUGUUCGCUCUGCUGAGUUCGAAGGAUCAGAACCAGAACCAAAGCGACCGCGAUCCCUCCGAAAAUGUUGAACAGCCACCCAAUCCAGUGGAAGUGCCAAUUCCAGAUACGGAUGAUGAACUCUUUGUGGUCGUGGCUUCGCAUUGGGCAAAACAGGAGUUUGCAUUGCUGGACAGGGUGCCGCUGGCCAUGGCGCUCUACCAGGAGCUCCGGCCGCUGGGCGGUCACGGUGGCCUGGCGCUGGCCGUGGCGCUGUCCACGGCUGGGGAGGUGGCCAUGACCGGAUGGAGCGAACGCUUCGGGGUGCACAUGGGUGCCCUGGCCUGGGAUACAGUGCAUGCUCUUGAGACACCCACCGAGAGCACUGGAGGUCUUAAGCAGAUCACAUCCUAUCGGGACUCCUUUGAAAUCGCCAGACAGGCUCGAGGUAACGCUCUCUUCGGGGCCUGGGCUGGUGCUGGUGGGCUUUGGGUUCGGAACUUCUCCUGGAACUUGACAUUCUUUGAGUGGAAGCGCCUCCUGCACAAUGCGGUGGAUAAGACGCCGGAGACUGCGCCCGAGUGGUUCAAAACGCACCUGGAUUGGCUGCGAAGUUUGGAGAAGAAGAACCAAGCCAAUGUCUUGACCUUUGAGGCAGCCACGCUUGGCACCUACCUCACUUUCUUCAACAUGGCAGGGGACAAUAUCAAGACAAAGAUGCAGGUUGACCCUGAGCGAUAUCCCAGUUUUCGAUCCACGGCCUAUGAGAUUUGGUCUCAACAUGGCUUGGUGGGGUUUACACGGGGGAGUCUUUUCAAAGGUAUUUACCUGAUCCUAGGCUCCACUUUGGCCAUUGGCAUCCAAGAAAGGCUAACCGAAAUCAUGGCAGCUCUGCUGCGCUAG